AUGCUAUUGACACUUUUGAACAAAAUAGAAAGAACUUCCUCAAAGACAAUUUCAAGAUCUGUGGUAAAAGCCAAGGAUAAAAAGAAAAAAUCUGUUAAAAAAUUGACCAAGGAAAAGUUGCAAGAUGAUAUUGAAAAUGCAAAUAUUCAGUUUACUGAUCUGCAAACCAAACUGGUUUGGGAGAAAGAAGAUCAGAGAGAAAAUGAAAGGAAAGAAAAGUCAAAAGGGCUUGAAAAGAUUUCUAUGAGUUUUGUAUCAUAUGACAAGCAACUAGAACAAACAACCGAGGUGUUUGGAAACUUAUGAAUUCAAAUGGAGAUUGGGAUGCCAAGAAAUCUUGGGAAACAUUGUACUUUCCCUAUUUCGAUGAUAGUUUUUCGAAAUGUAUAAAUGUACAGCAAUUGUGAUAUAUUGUAUUAUAAAAAGUUAUUGUGAUAAAGAAAUAAAUUUUUUGAUGAGUAGAGUGGCAGAAAGUUAUAAAGAAAUUUGUAGUUUGUUAGUAACAUGAAUUGCCUUAAAAACUUUGA